CUGGAGGGACCAGCCCUGAGGAGGGACCCAACUCCUAGGCAUCAUGGGGACUCUGAGCUUCCUUCUUUUCCCAUUUCUGUUUUUAAUGUGUCUGAAGAUCCAGGGGACUCAGAUCACUCGGGCUGAUGUGAAUAACAGGAGCUGCCCCAAGGUCAAGGUUCAUUGUAUCUACAAGGAGACGGAUGUUUGUGACUUUGACAGCAACUGCCCAGGCUCCCAGAAGUGCUGCUUGUUUAGCUGUGGAAGGAAAUGCAUGAACUUCACCGAAGUCACAUGCAAGCUGCCUGCAGACCCUGGGCCUUGCCUGGCUUCUAUAAUGCGCUGGGCAUAUGACGAUGAAAUCAAAGACUGUGUUAAAUUCAUCUAUGGGGGCUGUGAGGGAAACAACAACAACUUUCAGACCCAGAAGAUCUGUAGGAAGACGUGUAAGGCAUUGGGCAAACACAGGAAACCCUAUAGUAAUUAACCAUCCCCUCCAGAAUUUGGAAGCUGUUGGUGGAUAUCUCUGGGGGAAAGAUCCCCCAGACAGCUAUCUGAAUGAGUGAAUAAAGCAUUAAU